AUGAAUGCUGGCCAAAAGCCUAUGGCGUGCAUGAAGGCAGAGGCAUGUUGUCGUAUUGUCUGGCCGUGGCAUCCCCGACAACCCGCGGUCAUGCGUAUGUGGGUUCACUGGCUUCCAUUGACCAUAAUCGCAGAAGAAAAAGUGGUAUUAGUCUAUGUACUUCUAUACGGACAGCCCUAUCUACACGGGGAGGAUGCAACCCAAUUGACCAGGAAGAAUGCAAGCGAGCGAGCGUUGGUAACAAAGAACUGUCGGGGCGCUCUGCCAUGGGGUCGUAAAAUGGGUAUGAUCCGCAAAGCCGCCAGAGAUUAUAGGAUGAACGCUUUGUACAGUGAAGACCAGCGUGCGGUGUUGGGACAUAAGCAGGCACUCACUUUAUGGACAGAAACACGCCGCGGCCACAGGACCGGGAAAGAUGCGGCGAUCAAGUCGACGCGACGAACUCAUAUGUGCCCAAGUUGA